CUUGGGCCCGCCCUUGGUGCACUGAAGUGCUCAUUUGAAUAUGGAUUAAACGUACUUUUUCUACAGAAUGAAGCAACAGAUCGCUAAAUGAAAAGUAUCAUUACAUGCAGCUGAUCUAGUCCUCCAAGGCAUUAUGACUGAUUUAUCUGUGAAUUUCCCAAACACAGUAUUGCACGAGCAGUGGAUGGAGAAAAGAUGGCUAUCUCCUGGCACGUGUACAGAAUACUUUCUUUUCUUAUUUUUCAUGUUUAAAGAGAACCUGUUACUAAUGUGUCUGAGCUACAUGUUAUAGAGCAGGAGGAGCUGUGCAGAUACAUAGCUUUGUGGGGAAAGAUUCAGAAUAACUUGUAUUUUAAUCAUUUAUGUUCCUACUCUUUCUAUGCUCAGGAGUCCAAUAGGUGGUAAUAUCAGUGAUUGACAGCUAUCACUGUAUGUAUAGUCAUAAAUGGAAAGCUAUUAUAUGACCACCCACUGGACUCCUAAGUGUAGAAACAGCACAAUUUUUUUUUUUGUAAAUCUCUUUUUAUUGUUUCAGAGCUUAUAAGCACCAAAAAUUACAUCAUUUCUUAUACAAGAAACAGCACAAAUUUAAAUGAAUAAAUUAUGUUACACUGAAAAUGUUCCCACAAAAUAUAUGUCCUGCUCUAUAAUAUGCUGCCUACAGAUAGGACUGUAUGUACAACAUGACAGCAUAACAGCUGCAGUGAAUUAUGAAUGAAUAUUUAGUGGAGCAUGUUCUCCAAAACCGAUUAGAGUCUGCCAAAGCAAAAAUUUAACCAUUCUUCUCACUCGGAUUUCCAGAGAAAAAAAUGUGAACUCUUGUACUUUACACUAGCUGUAUGUAACAAGCCGUAAGUAAAUACUACACCCCGGCUGAGCAGAUUACAGGUGAGGAAAACAUUCAGCUCUCCAAAUGCAAGGACCCUUUUAGAUAUCAUAGCUGCUCUAGCAGAGUGUAACACAUUAACUGUUUUUGUCCCAUCUAGGUCCAAACCUUCCAUAAAGGGGUUCUUUCCACAAAUUAAAAAAUUUAAAUAUCCAGAGUAAUGCACGCCUUUAUUUUAAAUAUACCAAUGCAAAAACUGCUGCUCUCCAGUGUAAUUUCUCCCCCCUCUGCAGCUCUGGUCUCUUCACUUUCUGUUGGUGGAAGUAGCUUGUCCCAUGUGACAAUUAAGCAGCUUCCAGAAGUGCAUUGCAGGCAGCUCUUCUUAAAGGGGCUCUCCGUGCAUAUUGUUUUAAUGACCACCAGCAACCCGUGCUAGAAUGUAAAUAGUGUGUGGGGAGUGAGAAGUGACGUGGCCUCACUUUAUUAUCCCUGCACUCCGGAGCCCCGCCGCAUGUAUAGCUCUCUCUGUUCAGGCUGAUGACAUAUCAUAGGCAUGGAUGACAUCACUUCUAUCUCACUGUAGACGAGAGUUACUGCAAUAGAAUUAGAUAGAAGUUAUGUGAUCUAGGAUGGGUUGCUGGUGGCCAUUAUAAUGAAUUCCUGGAGAAUACAUUUAAAUUCCUUGAUUACGCUAAUAAAUAGCACUAUGGCAUUUAACGCCCCCAAUUUCCUUCUCCACUGUCUAAAGAGAGAUAUAGCCAUAUAUUUUUAUGAAUUAAAAAGUAGAGAACAAGUUAAUGAAAGGUGUCUUGGCCGCUUCACUAUGAGAUCACUACACUAUCACUGAGACGAGGAAGGGAACCGGCAAGCUGCUGAGCAUGUUGGUCCACCACUGAAUGCAGGAGAAGGUCAACCAGUCACAGAAGAAACAGAGGGGCGCUACCAGAGAGGAAAAUGUAAUGUACAUACGAACCUAACAAUAUUUUAUAUAUUUUGUAUAUUGCAACACUACAUUUGAAGCAUUGUAUUCUUUGCACAGUGAUAUCUCCAGUAGAAACUGCAGUGCUGCUAACUUCUCUGCAGAGAAGAUGUUGUAUGGGGCUCAUGCAAACAGAUAGGUAACCAUGUAAUGCAGUGUCAGGCUGAGUCCUCGAUAGACUGGCUGUGCAGGAGCUGUCAACAUUAGCUGGUAGCUAUCAUUUUUGCAAAUAUCUUUCAUGUCAUAUAUUUUUAUCUAUGGAGGUCCAGGUGGCAAGACCCUUAAUAUUCUUUAAAACAAAGGGGCGGAAGCACUCAACAGAACACUGUUCCCUUUUGUUUCGGGACAUUUCUUCUUGGCCUAUGAUAUUUACACGAAUCUGCACACCAAGAAGAAACAUAAGGGCACAGCGCCAAACUGAGUUCUUCUGCUCCUUGGCGUUUUCACCAGUUGGUGGUGGCCUCAGCACCAGGACUUCCACCAAUCAAUACUUUUGACUUGCCACUUUGACAUUGUAAAAAUAAGUACCCUUAAACCAUGGAGGUAUGAAGUAGAGAUGGGCCCCAUUAAAAAGAUUCAAAUGUGGCUCCCUUCUAGUUACCACUAGUAACCACUUGACUUGGUGGGUUUUUGCCCUUUUCUGGAUCUCUUGUUUAAUUCCCAACACCCUUGUUUGCUAACUUUGUAGGACCUGUGGAGUUCCCUACACAGGUUCUUCCCAACCAAAAUUCCAAAAUAAGGAAUAAAGGCAACCUGGACCUCCUCUCUCCAAAGCUCCUAUAGAAGCCAAAUGACCUGCAUCUAUGGGCAUCUAAUAACCCUGCUCCUUCUUGUCACCAAUUCAUUAGCGGAAGAGAAAUCUGUGGUACCUGAGGCACGAUGUGGAGUCAGCUUUACAGAUCCUUAUAAACCUGUUCAAAUCCAAGUUCAGGAAGACUUUCAGUGCACCUGGAACAUAGAAAGACCAAGCAAUUUGACCACAAGAGUCAUCUUCUCCGUCCUCAACUUGAACCCAUCUGCAGAUUGUUCCCAAGAAAAUAUUACUAUCUUUGAUGAGAACAAUGAUGUUUUAGGAGUCCUGUGUCCAAAUUCUCCCAAGAUUGAUGUGUUUGAAUCGCAAGGCAAUGUGGAUAUCAGGGUGUCCACUGACUCUACAGUAUAUGCAAGGACAGCAUAUUUCUUAUACUACUCUGUUACUCCAGACAUUGAUCUUAACUGCGGAGACGAACUCCAAGGUUAUUCAGGAAUCAUCUCCAGUCCCAAUUAUCCCAAUCGCCAUCCACACCUUGCAUUCUGUUCGUGGCACCUGGAAGCACCAAAGAAUACGAAACUGAAGCUUUCUUUCAGUGAAAUAUUUGUAGAAGUUGAUGCUCUCUGUCGAUUUGACUUCAUUGCGCUCUACGAUGGUCCAGACACUAACGCACCUCUCCUGGAUGUCCUGUGUGGUCGGAGAACCGCAGAGCUGGAGACCACUUCCAAUUCUUUGACUUUGCUGUUUAGCGCAGAUUACGCAAACUCCUAUUUUGGUUUCUCUGUUAAAUAUUCAGCGUUACCUGAAUCCAGCGACAGUUCAAUGAGUUGUUCAGGCGACUCCAUGCUGGUUGUUCUCAAUCCAGCUUUUAUCACUGCUCAGGGAUACAGCGCCUCCGACCUGACCCUGAUCGAUCCUUCCUGUGUCGCUCAGUCAGCCGAUCCUUUGGUAUUUGAGGUGCCGUACUUUGGAUGCGGGACUGUUAAAAAGGUAGAGGACAACCUUAUUUAUUACACCAAUACAAUCUCUGCUAAACCAAGCAGUGGCGUGAUCACAAGGGUCAACAGGCUGGAGAUCGUUGUGACCUGCGAGCUGGACAAUAACGCUACAGCAGAGAUUAUGUACAUGACGCGGGAUGACAUCAUCCAUAGCCUACACGAGAAUGGCAAAUACGACGCCAGCUUGGCCUUCUUUACGUCACAGGAUUUCACCACUCCAGUGCUGGACUCUCCUUACCUCAUCGACCUCAAUGAGCCAGUAUACAUUGAGGCUUCAGUAAAGACCCAGGACCAAGACCUCACUGUACUUGUAGAUACCUGCUUUGCAUCCCCCAAUGCAGAUUUCCAAGCACCUAAUUACGAUCUUAUCAGAAGCGGAUGUACAAAAGACAACACUUACCAGAACAUCAAUACUGGCAGUGGUUUUGCCCAGUUCAGCUUCAAUGCCUUCAAGUUCCUGAAUGCACAUACCUCUGUGUAUCUCCAGUGCCGGCUAAUAAUAUGUGACAUUAAUGACCCCGAUUCCCGCUGUAACAAGGGAUGUAUCACACGUCACCGCAGAGAUCUGGGCUCCAAGGAAUGGAAAACGAAUGCGGUGCUUGGACCCAUCCGUCUCAAGCGUCACAGUGAAUCAGAAGCUGCAGGUUCCAUCGGUGAAAAGAAAGAAGAACCUGUCAAGACAGACCAAGGCAGCUUAUAUGUUGUGGUCAUCUCUGUUCUGGUGGUCAAUGUAGUCAUAUUAGCACUGGUGCUGAUGAGAUAUUACAGGAAGCAAUCUACUGAAUACAGAUACCUCCCAGUGGCCACACAAUAAGCCAUGCCUCCAUACAUAUUGGCCCCUUAGUGCUCUGCACAGGGCAGGAUACCUCACAAAAAUAAAAGCACAAAAGCAAGAACUUCUCUCUACAAAUUUCUGUGUGGCUCAGACACUAGAUGACAAUGGCCACUAAGUGCAUUCUGAUUAAUAUUUUAUUAGUAGUAACAUAAUUAGCAUCUGAAACCAUUUACAGGGGUUUUCCGGGACUUCAAUGCGUUAUCCACCUUAGGGGGCCUUUUGGCCAAACUUCUCCUACACAGGGUUAUGGCUUCUACAGAGUCCCCCCCCCGCUGCGGCGCUGUGGUCCCGCUUGUCAACUUGUGGUUUGAUGGGGGCCAUGUGUGCAACUGCAGCCAAUGACUGGCUGCAGUGGUGAUGUGUCCCCCAUGCAUCACGUCAAUGGGUCACUCGAUCCACAGGCGACAAGUCACCACUGCGGCCAGUGGGCACAUAUGACACAAGUCAAACCGGAUAUUGGCAAGUGGAACCAGAGCACAACAAUGGGGGAUGAAAGAUCCGAAAGCCUGCGGCGGGGAGCAAGUAUGUAUUAUUCUCUACAAUGGUCCAGCAACAUGGGGGGGUUCUAGCUGAAAGGCCACCAAAAGGUGGAUAACCCCUUUAAAUAUAGAUGGCCUAAAUGUAGUAAUACAUUCCCUUUCAUUGUGUUAUCCCAAUAAACAAAAGUAACAGAGCAAUGCCAAUUUCACUUUACGGGGGCCUUUCAGCCGGACCCCCUCCCCUACCCCCUAUGUACUCCUGUGGAGAGGAGGGGUUGCCGAUCCCAUCCAACAACUCACUGCUACAGAAAUUAAGACCGUUGACAGAUUUUGGCAGAAACAACAUGCUGCUCUCUGGGUCUCAAAUGUCAACCCCACAGCUUGUAUGUUGGCAUCUCAGGAGAGAUGACAGAUUCUCAUUAAAUGGGUUAUCCCAUGGAAAGUACACUCAUUGACAAAAAAAUAGAAAUUGCUGCAAAACUCUACAUGCAGUU